AUGUCGGACCAAUUUCGCCGCCAUGUCGACUCUCCGUCACGACACAGUCCGCAGUAUAGCGAUGCCUCACAAGAACUUGUCGACCUUUUCAGCCGUAAAAGUUCACAACAGACUGACUCUCGUAAAACGUCUAGAAGUACUGUGAUUGGAGACUUUCGACCAAUCCGAGACGGAAAUCGUAACGCGGUUUCCGACAACGAUUGGACAAGACCACCACGUCAAUUCGACUCUUAUCGUAACCCGAAAUUGCACUCCGAUCGCGAAUUUUACAACUAUGAUGAAUCACAACGAAACUCUGCGAUUCGACUUGGCUUUGAGUCGCGACGAUCGUCACAAAACAUCAGCGACUUCUCACCACGGGGAUCACGCGAUUACCGUAACUCGCGCGAUUAC